UAUUUUGGUACAUGUGAGUGUUAAGCGGCAGACAGCAAACCACGACUCGCUGACUUCAGCUUUUACGGUUGAACUGUGCUGCUCUGAAUGAUACUUAAUAUUUUACUGCACCUCAAUCGAUUUCUUUUUGCAACUGAAGUCCAUCCGCUGUUAACGCAAAGGUUGUUUUUCUUCAUUACUCUGAAGCGCGUGCCUCUGGCUUCACCGUAAGCAUUGGAUCCGUCAACGUACUGCGAGACCCCGGUGUACAGCCCGGACAUUUGCCCAAACAUGAUAGCUGCGCAAGCCAAGCUUGUUUAUCAGCUCAACAAAUACUACAACGAGAGAUGCCAAACUCGCAAAGCGGCCAUCGCCAAGACUAUCCGCGAGGUGUGCAAGGUGGUGUCGGACGUCCUGAAGGAGGUGGAAGUGCAGGAGCCCCGCUUCAUCAGCUCCCUGAGUGAGAUUGACACGCGCUACGAGGGGAUGGAGGUCACUUCCCCCAACGAAUUCGAGGUGGUACUUUACCUGAAUCAGAUGGGCGUUUUCAAUUUCGUGGAUGACGGAUCUUUGCCGGGAUGCGCGGUGUUGAAGCUGAGCGACGGACGCAAGAGGAGCAUGUCCCUGUGGGUCGAGUUUAUCACGGCCUCUGGCUAUCUCUCCGCUCGAAAGAUCAGAUCGAGGUUUCAGACUCUGGUGGCGCAAGCCGUGGACAAAUGCAGUUACCGCGACGUGGUUAAGAUGGUAGCGGACACCAGCGAGGUGAAACUGAGGAUUCGAGAGAGGUAUGUGGUGAAGAUCACGCCAGCGUUCAAAUGCACAGGAAUCUGGCCUAGAAGCGCAGCCCAGUGGCCCAUGCCACACAUUCCCUGGCCCGGUCCUAAUCGGGUAGCAGAAGUGAAAGCCGAAGGCUUCAAUCUCCUCUCCAAAGAGUGCUAUUCGUUAACCGGUAAGCAGAGCUCGGCGGAGAGUGACGCCUGGGUCUUGCAGUUCAGCGAAGCCGAAAACAGGCUACUGAUGGCAGGCUGCAGAAAGAAAUGCCUCUCCAUCCUGAAGACUCUGCGCGACCGACACCUAGAGCUUCCGGGCCAGCCUCUAGACAACUAUCACAUGAAAACCUUGCUCCUGUACGAAUGCGAGAAACACCCGAGAGAGACUGACUGGGACGAGUCUUGCCUUGGCGACCGACUGAAUGGAAUUCUCCUUCAGCUUAUCUCGUGUUUGCAGUGCAGGAGAUGUCCCCACUACUUCUUACCAAACUUGGACCUGUUUCAGGGAAAACCACACUCAGCGUUGGAAGCGGCAGCAAAACAGACAUGGAGACUGGCGAGAGAAAUUCUCACGAACGCGAAAAGUUUGGACAAAUUAUAGACCGAUUCACGUAACUACAUAAAGCAUUGUUAUUAGAAUGAAAGGACGUUGGAGAUCACUUCACUGUAAGUGGAAAAAAAAUGUUUUUUUUUCUCCGAAUAAUGUGACGAAGUCGUAAAAAACAAAGAAGUAAACGGGAAAUUGCAAGGAUGGGAAGUUAAGGUACUUUUUCAAAUACACGUAUUCUGUUAGCUGUAUUGAAUGUUUUCACCAAGUGAAGAAACUUUUAUUUAAAUACGCACA